AUGGUCCUACUAAGCAACGCUGCGUUCAUUGAAGAGCUGAACAAACUAUGUGGAGUGGUGGACGAGAAGAAAAAAACGUCCAUUUGGAUUACCAUGAAAAAAGUCAAAAGAAACACCCUGAAGAACGUCAUCGCCAAAAAGGAAAACUCGGACAAGAAAAAUAAAAGGACCAACAAGGAUGAUAAACAGAGCAACAAAAAAUACUUCUGCUUGGUUAGGGCCACCGAUGGGAAGAAAAAAAAAAUUUCAACACACGUAUACGAUAAUGUCAUUAAUUUUUCCCAAGAGCUGAGUAGCAUCAUGCGUAGUUAG